AUGCUAAUUUUUUUAUUACUUCUUGUAUUACAAACCGGGAGCUGUGUGAUUUAUAGACUCAAUGAUAGUACGUACUAUAAAAUGCCACCUGUCUUUCACCUUGAUGAUUAUGCCCCCUGUUUGUCCGACCCUGAAGGUGUUUACUGUAUGGCAAGGAUAGUUCUCGUAUCAGACACGCCUAGUGAACUCCUAAAUAUAAUUCAUAAUUAUUCUGAGCAUCGAAUUAAGCAUUACAAUCAUAGAAAUAAGUUUCUAAUGAUCUUUUCCAUCAAACGAAACUGGGAAAAAUUGUUGGCCCCUGUUGAUGAUACUAGUCCCCGUUUGAAAAGCCUCAAAGGAUUCAAUGGUGCAAGGACUAUAGUAACGGCGCUGGUUAUAACAGUACAUUCUUUCCUACCGUUCAUUAACGACGCGAGUAACACGCGUGACGUUGAAGCAAUCUAUGAUAACGUAUGGUAUCACACUUUUAUCAGCGGUACACCGAUUGUUCAGGCUUUCUUCCUCUUAUCCGGUUUCCUGCUGGCAUACAAUAUACAAAUAAAGAAGGAAAAGAGAGCAGUGACCUGGCAAAUGAUCCCGAUGGGAAUAUGGCUACGAUGGUUAAGGCUCACACCGUGUUAUGCCCUCGUGUUAGCUAUCACCUCUACAUGGCUACGAUUUGCUGGGUCAGGACCUUUGUGGCAUGAGGGGGUGCUCUCUGAAGUUAAGGACUGCCGUCGUGACGGUUGGCAGAAUUUGCUCUACAUUAAUAACUAUUUUGACAAUACGCAGUGUAUGGCACAGUGUUGGUAUUUGGCGGCCGAGAUGCAGUUGUAUUGUCUCGGGCUUUUCAUCUGUGUUCUGUCGAAAACGAACACUGCUAGGAAAGUGGUGCUCUCGCUGCUUUUCAUAGUCGGUGUCGUAAUUCCUGGUGCUGUAACAUACAUCAUGGAUUUGGACGGGGUUCUUAUUGUCUCACCCGAGACAUCCCUAAACUAUUUCGUAUCCGAUUCUACUUUCAACAAUAUCUACAAGCGUGGGCACACCAACAUGGCCAGUUACAUCAUCGGUUUAAGCAUGGGAUUCAUAGCUUACCACCUAAUUGAUACGAACUUCGAAGUUGGGAAAUAUAAGAAAUAUUUAUGGACCUACCAGCUGCUAUUUCCAUCUGGACUUUUGAUAACGUGGAUGGGCAGUAUCUUCUACCGCGAUGCUCCUCGAGAUCCCGCAUACGUCAGAGCUCUGUCCGCGGCCUUGAUAAAGCCCAUCUUCUCGAUAAUAUUGGGCUUAUACCUGCUGGGAUUGAUCUUCAAAUGUGACAAAAUAAAUCGACGACUCUUGGAGUGGAAUUUCUGGACUAUUACCAGCCGCUUGACUUACAGCGCUUUCCUACUGCAUAUAUUGGUGAUGCGAACAUAUAUCGGGACCAAAGACACAAUGAUGACUACGCUUUUCAUGCAUAUGGUG